AUGGAAGAUAUCAUUUCCGUUACUCCAGUUUAUUGUCCGACAAAACGAAAAUUUGCACCAGAGGAUCCCUUCUUUGGGCUUGGAAACCUCGAGGCUCGAGCUCAAUGGCUGACCAAAAAUAUCUUUGUGCAUUCGACGUAUGAUUCCCAAGUUGUUAAGGAGGAACUUGCGCGGCUGGUCAAUCGUGGGAAGAAGGGACGAUCUGAUCCAUGUUUUGAACCAACCUCAAAAAUUUCAUUACCAAACAAUACUGAGGAAUCACAGAAAACACCCUCGGAAACUAGUGAUGCUGAGUCUAUUAGAGUCAUGGACGUGGAUACGAUCACGGAGUCAAUGUCAAAACUUACUAUACCAAAGAUACCAAAAGUUAUAAGUUUUGGACGGGGACACUUGAAUAAUGGUAUUGGUUUCAGCAGCCGAGGGAACAGAACAAAGGAAAAAAAGAUCAUUGAAACAGAAACCAAUGAUAGACAGGUUGGAAGAGAUAAGAAAGAAUGUGAUGAGACAUUGCAAAAAGAAAUGGAAGAUGUUGAAUUCGAAGAUCAAGGUUCAAUGAUUUAUUAG